AUGCAGGUCAAACGCCAGAAGGCCGCCAACGAUGAAGCGAAGGCCAAUCUUGUCCUCCACGACAUCAUCCGGUGCCACAAGGACAUCAGCGAUGUGCCCCUCGAGAUCCUUGCCAACGUCAAGAAGGUGUUUGAGAAGCGCAUGGAGGAAGCUACCGACACAAUCGACAACAACCUCAUCGUGUGUUAA